CUCAGUGCAGGCACGGCCCGGAGCGGGAGCAGCCCCGCAUCCUCCCCGCUGCCCCUCUGCCAUGGCCCUUGUCGCGGCCCAGCGCUGACGAUGCUGCAGGGCGCCCCACGGCCGGGCGGCUGGGAUCGCGGCCGGGUGGGCGAGAGGCUGCAGGCGGCCCUCGCCGGCCUCCAGGAGCUCCAGGUGCUUCGGGAGAAGCAGCGGGAGCUGGUGCGGGCCGCCCUGGCCAUGCCGCAGCGCCCGGCGGCGGGCGGAGAACAGCAGCCCCUGUCCGCCCACAUCAAGGAGCACCGUCUGGAGGUCACCCUCUGCGCCCUGAAGGAGCAGCUGUCUCGUUUGAGGAGACAGGAUAUCGGCUUGAAAAGCCACCUGGAUCAGCUAGACCAGCGAAUAAGUGAGCUGAAAUUGGACGUCAGUAAGACCUCCAGUGAAUACUUGGAUAGUGACAGCCGGCCCAGCUCAGGAUUCUAUGACCUGAGUGAUGGUGGUUCCUGCUCACUCUCCAAUUCUUGCACCUCUGUGUACUAUGAAACUACUGUGCACACCACCAGCUUCCAACAGCAGGGGACCUAUGUCAGCGAUGGAUGUCGGAUUGCAACUAGCAGAGAUGUUUCUGGGACUCCUGCCAGGUCCAGACCAAGGCCUGUUUCCACAGGUGACUUGGAAAAGCUCAUUCCAGCGGACACUAGAUUUCAGAAAGAAAUGGAUCCUAAAUCCAUGUUGCCUCUGUGCAAUAAUGGAGACAUGCACUUGCUCAGCCUGGACCCCAAAUUCCAGAAUGACCUGGUCUCCAAGAAUGGCAUAGAUGUGUAUCCUUACCCUAGCCCCCUCCAUGCAGUGGCUUUACAAAGUCCCCUUUUCUCCCUGGUGGGAACAUCCCCAAAAUCAGACUUCCAAACUCCUCCCAGCAAACCUAUGCCUAGUACAACAGGUCCCAGCUUGAUUAAGACUAGGCCAACCACUGAGGUCAAGCCAGGGGGUUACAUCAAUAAAUUACUGCAGCUGACGAGAUGCAAAGGGAGCAGUCGGGCUGAGGCCAGUGAGUGGGUUUUACCAAAGAACCAGCCAGCCGCAAUGCACCAGAGACUCAUUAUAACCCCCAGCACUGGUGGAGUGAAAAUUAACAGCAGCAGUAGCCAGCUGGAAAAGCAGACAAGUUCUCUGGAGAGUAACAAAGAUGAAGGGAAGCUGUCACGAGAGGUGCCAGAGGGAGAAUGUGCCAAGCAGCAGGAGAUCAUGAGCUGUAUGAAUGACGAGCAGUCAUCCACUGGACCUGUCACAGAACCAUCAGCUGUGAAUAGUUGUUAUCCUGCCAAGUCAGCAGCAAGGGGCUCUCCUCUGGCAGAAGAAACAGAGAGCAGCGUGGAGCGCAGUUUGUCCUACUCACAGCUGUGUCAAGGGGACUCUAGCCCAGACACCUGGAAUGCUAAAGCUGUCCCACCCAAAAAACUGCCACCCAAAAAACAAAGGUGUGGCAAUGCCAAGUUGGCUUACACUGGCGGUCGUGAACGAGUGGCACGAGCUGAGUUUGUCCAUGCUCAUUUUGUCCCUGCAGAAUCCCAUCAAGUCCGGGUAAAGUUUGCCAGCUCCAAAACAAAGGCAGUGAAGAUAAAGAGGAGGAACAGCGAAAAAGUUGUUCGACCUGGGAAGCAAGCCUUCUGCAUGGAGAAGGUGAGAGGGUCUCAUGGGGCCACCAAGCUGCCUGCUGAGUGGAAUCCACUCCAAAGACCACAAGGAGUGAAGAGCCUCAUGCGGAGACCUUCGUAUUCUGGUGACAUGGCUGGCAGAUCAUGCUCAGAGUCAAGUCUGUUCCCAGUGCAGGUCAGGCUCCCCACUGUGCCAUCCAGGCUAGAGCUCUACGGAGCCUCUGCCAAUGCACUGUAUUCCCUGGAAGCAGCUUGUGCAGACACAGCCAACAGGAAGAAGCAGCGCAAGUGGCAGUCCACAGUGGAGAUCUCUGCCAAGGCCCACCCAGCCAGCCUGUCUCACAGCUUUGGCCCGGGAGCACCAAGGCAGCCAGCAGGGAGAGCUGGCAUCCUGCACACUGUCAGCAUGAGGGCUCACUCCAAGGGUCAGCACUACGGAGAUUGUGCCAAAAGCGAGUCAGACCACUCUGAGUACUCUGCAGAGUGUGCUUCCCUCUUUCAUUCCACCAUCGCAGAGACCAGCGAAGGGGAGGUCAGUGAUUUCACAACCAACAGAUUUGGGGACAGUGAAUCCAGUGAAGGUGAUUGGGAUGGCAGCAGUAACAGUAGCAGCCUUGCUCUUGACUAUGAUGUGGGGGAUGAAAGUGAGUUGAUUUGGCCUGAAGGUUCAGUCAGACAAUCCGUGACUGUCCAGGCCUCUUCCAAGCCUCUUCCUCCAGUGCCCAAAAUCUGUCGCAUCAAAGCUUCAAAGGCACUAAAAAAGAAGAUAAGGAGGUUCCAACCUGCCUCUCUGAAGGUCAUGACCAUGGUGUAAGGGAGAACAAGCAUCUAUUUCUUACAGUGAGACAUCCUGCUGGCUCUCAUUUGCAAAAUAAAAGGACUAGUGCAGAGAAAAGGUCUUUCUUAAAGGAGCUCUGAAUAAUCCCUGAGUCUACAGAAGGAAUCUGUUUGUUAAUGCCUGGACAUAAAUGUCACUGUAUGUAAUUCCCUCUUUUGCCAUUUAUUCUGUAAAUAUGAAUCUCUGUGUAUAUUAUGUGAUUACUUUUUUAAUUACCCAGAAGGGUCACCAUGGUAAAAAUGAAAAGAACCUCCCCUGUAAGAUUUUAGAGGUAGGCCCUUGGUGGUUUUUUAACCAUAUGCUCCCACAGAAUCAGACCAGACAGUAAGACUUGCUAAGAAGAAAGUAUACUUCCCUCUUGCAGUCUGAAGUCUGUAUUACCCAUCCAGCUGUUAUUGUGGUCAUACGGAAAAGCUCUCUUUCCUACAUAGUUUUAUUUUCAGAUCAGCCAUCCCAUACCUUCUCCCAAACAUCAGGAGGAUGAGUCUUCUUCCAUAAAAACAUAGUAUGCUUAAUCAAGAAGGCAAGUGUAUUUGUGAAUGAGAACAAGAUUUCAGUUUGCUUCCUUUUUUUUUUUCAAAAUAGCAUAGGGUUGUUUUUUCAACACCCCUCUUUAUGAUGUUCCAUGUUAUUCAUUUGUUGAAUGGAUGAAAGAACGUGAGGGCCACAUGCCACAGUGUGUGAUUAGCUGAGACUGAGAUAAUAGCUUUGCCCCUGAAAUUGCAAACUCAAUAAAUACUAUUUAAUGUAC